UGUUUUCUUGGGUUAUUAUAGGUGUCCUUUUCCAUAACUACUGAAUAAUCUGAAGGUCUUUCCAGAGAUAAACAGUGUUUUCCAAUUCAGGCAGUUCUUUUCAGAAAUGUAUGAGGAACAAACUGAGUUCUGUUCACUUUUAUUAGGCAAACAAUUUACAUUUUCUUAUGAAAAUGAAGUCUGCAAACAAGAUUACUUUAUUAAAUCACCACCUUCUCAGCUGUUCUCCUCUGUGACCUCUUGGAAAAAGCGGUUUUUCAUCCUGUCAAAGGCUGGGGAAAAGAGCUUUAGCCUUUCCUAUUAUAAAGACCAUCAUCACCGAGGUUCCAUUGAAAUUGAUCAAAAUUCCAGUGUAGAAGUUGGCAUAAGUAACCAGGAAAAGAUGCAAUCUGUGCAGAAGAUGUUUAAAUGCCACCCUGAUGAGGUCAUGUCCAUCAGAACCACUAACAGGGAAUACUUCCUCAUUGGCCAUGACAGGGAGAAGAUUAAAGACUGGGUCUCCUUCAUGUCAUCAUUUUGCCAGGAUAUAAAAGCAACACAGCAGAACACAGAGGAGGAACUCUCAUUGGGUAAUAAAAGAACCCUCUUCUACUCCAGCCUUCUCCUUGGCCCUUCCAGCACAUCAGAGGCUGUUGGCUCCAGCUCACCAAGAAAUGGUCUCCAAGACAAGCAUUUAAUGGAACAAAGUUCUCCAGGAUUUAGGCAAACUCACCUACAAGAUUUAUCAGAAGCCACUCAAGAUGUGAAGGAAGAGAAUCAUUAUCUUACUCCUCGAAGUGUUCUUUUAGAGUUGGAUAAUAUCAUUGCUUCCAGUGAUUCUGGUGAAUCCAUUGAAACUGAUGGUCCAGACCAGGUCUCUGGAAGAAUCGAGUGUCAUUAUGAGCCAAUGGAAUCCUAUUUUUUCAAAGAGACAUCCCAUGAGUCUGUGGAUAGCAGCAAAGAGGAACACCAGACCCUUCCAGAGACCCAGGAUGGGGACCUCCACCUGCAAGAACAAGGCUCAGGAAUUGAUUGGUGUCUUUCCCCUGCCGAUGUGGAAGCACAGACCACAAAUGACCAAAAGGGUAAUAUCCCUGAUGAAAGCCAAGUGGAGAAACUGAACGUUUUCCUUUCUCCUCCUGAUGUCAUCAACUAUCUUGCUCUCACAGAAGCCGCAGGACGGAUAUGUGUGUCUCAGUGGGAAGGCCCCCCACGUUUGGGAUGCAUAUUUUUCCACGGAGAUCAUCUUCUGGCAGUGAAUGACCUCAAACCCCAGAGCCUGGAGGAGGUCUCCCUGUUUCUCACCCGGUCCAUCCAGAAGGAGGACUCUUUCAGGAUUCUUUCAUAUCAAGUAGCAUUUGGAGAAGGCACUGGGCUAAGAGACAGAGCACCUGGGUUCAGGACCUCAGAUCGGCAUGAUGUAGCAAAAAGAGCUUGCAUGGAAUCAGACUGGUGCAGGGAUUCCAAAACAGCUCCUUCAACCAAUUUGUGCCUCAGUUUUCUUUUCUGUAAAAUUAUGACUAAUGAUGGUGCUGGUUGUUGGAUAAUUAAAUGAGGUAAUAUGUGUAACGUGCUUACAAAGGUGACUGGCACAUAUUAGGUGCUCAAUAAAGCUACUAGUUACUUUUACUUCUACUA